AUGGUCACCACAGAAGGACAGCAGACAGGGCCGGACCCAAACAAAGAGGCUGGUAAUGUACAGAGUCUGUUCAACCUUGAUGCAAGAAGUGUUAUCGUCACUGGUGCGACGGGUGGCCUGGGGCGAGAAGUUGUCAAAACAUUGUUGCAGGCAGGUUCCGAUGUUAUCGCGGUCGAUCAUAGGGAUUUCUUCCUCAGUUUUCGCAAUAUGCCAGGAAUAGAGGUGAGCAUGGAGGAUGCUAAUACAGUCCUUUGGUCAGAACAUCUGAGGAGUAUCAGUAGCGACCUUGGCGCCUCCUUGAGCUACCACAGCUGCGACAUAUCCGACUCAGGACAGACGGAGAUUGUCUUUGAAAAGGCGUCAACAUGCUCACGGUUCCCGCUCAGAGGCCUUGUCAACUGUGCCGGCAUCAGCAUACUGGGGGACUCCAUCACAUUCCCCCUGGACACGGCUAGGCGAAUCAUCGACGUCAAUCUCGUUGGAUCGCUGAUCGUGGCUCAGGCUGCGGCGCGCAUUGUGAGGAAGAAAAACUUGUCAGCCAGCUUCGUCUUCAUAGCCAGUAUGAGCGGCUACGUCGUCAACAAGGGCGUCGGCACUGCCGCAUACUCGGCCUCGAAAGCAGGUGUCCAUCAAUUGACCCGCAAUCUGGCGGCUGAAUGGUCUCACUGCGACGGCUGGCCCGAGAUCAGAGUCAACUCCAUCAGCCCGGGCGUCAUCCGCACCCCAAUGUCGUCACCGGUUCUUUCCGAGGGCAAGCUUGAGGCCUCGUGGACACAGGAGACCAUGCUGAGGCGGCUCUCGGUCCCAGAAGAUUAUCGGGGACCCGUCGUGUUCCUGCUUUCCGAGGCCAGUUCGUACAUGACUGGGGCUGAUUUACUCGUUGAUGGCGGAUACACGGCCUGGUGA